AUGAGUCCUUACUUUGUGAAGGAUAAAUUCCAGUCGUGGACAGAUUCAGAGAACAUCAAUGGGGAAAGAAAGCCCUGCUCAACGAGGCUAAUUGGCUUUUAUGCCUCACAUCUUGAUAGUCGAAAAAAAAAUCCCCUUUCUGCCUGCACAGACCCUGACAAGAAAGGAGAGGAUUCGGACGAGGAUCCCAAGGCACCGAAGAGAAACGGAGGCGGACGUAAACGUGACAGAGGGGCCGAAAAAGGAGGCAAAUCGAACAAGGCCACUGAACAAAAGGGAAAGAAGGGAGAUAAAGAGGCCGGAAAGGAGGCAAAUCGAACAAGGCCGCUGAACGGAGGAGACAACAAAAGGGAAAGGGAGAUAAAGAGGCCGGAAAAGGAGGCAAAUCGAACAAGGCCGCUGAACGGAGGAGACAACAAAAGGGAAAGAAGGGAGAUAAAGAGGCCGGAAAAAGGAGGCAAAUCGAACAAGGCCGCUGAACGGAGGAGACAACAAAAGGGAAAGAAGGGAGAUAAAGAAUCAAAAAAAGAAGUGAAAAAUGAGGUAGGGCGAAAAAGGAACCGACAGAACGCUAAUAGAAGGAAAAACAGAAAUAAAAAAGUGCAUGGAAAUGGGAAUAACAACAACGCUAAGCAGACCGGGAAUUCCUCUCAAAAGGAUGGGAAGAAAACAAUGAAGGAGGGAGAUACAAAACAACACAAUAAAGCGCCGAAGAACCUGAAGCCAGGCAAACCGAAUGCAUCCAUUGCAGCAAGGAAAGACGGCGACGGAAAGAGACAGAAAGAGUGCAAAUUAAGGAAUAAAUGCAAGAAAGCAAGUGGUCAAUGCAAGAAAGAGGACUGUGUGAAUUCGGUCAAAAAUGGCUGCGGAAAGAAGUCUGGCUGCACAUGCUGUCUGAAAGAUAACAAAUGCUUAGACUCUUACGCCAAGGAAAAGUGCACGACAAAAGGAGGAAAAGCUGUAUUGAUUGAGGAAUGCGACGGAAAGAGGAAAGACAACCUGGUAUAUGGCGCCCAGUGUACUUGCUGCAUUCCGUGCAAGACCAAAAAGAGCUGCACGCGAAGGGGUGGAGAGUGCAAAAAGGAAUGCAAAAAUGGCGAAGUUGAUAAAGGAAAGUGCGGAGGCAAGGACUGCAAAUGCUGUCUCAAGGAAUCAGCCAAUGAGGAUCACUUUUCGUAUCAAGCUCUUCUGGGAUUCGUCCGUCAUAAUCUGGCACGGCGGGCGGACGACAGCCAAUCAGAACUCAGAGAAUGA